CUCGCUACUGCGCAUGCGUGCCAGAGAUGGGUUCGGAGGGGAACAGCGGGGCGCUUCAGAGUCUCCGCGGCAACGUUCUGCUUCGCUUUAUUCCGCUCUGUAGCCUUGGCUUCGCCAUUGUGACGGGAGGCUUGGAAUCGGCGGGACGAGGCCUUUGUCCUGUCCGGGGAAUUCGCGGGGAAGCGGGAAGCGAAGGGGGCGGGCGCGGGAGCCGGCCCGGCGGCGUGUGCGGGAGAGUGGGCAUGUGGUGCCGGGGCCGUGAAAGGCAUGCCGGGUCCUCCCGCGCCCUCUGCGGUCCCGCGCUGCUUCUGGUGCUGGUGUUUCAGGGCCUCCCCUCAGUUUAUUCCUCUAUCCAUCAAGAUCCUAAUGGAUUGAAAGUAGUAGGAUCGACCAAUUUGCCAGUCAAAGUGUAUGUCAGAUUGAAUCACAACAGUCCACGUAUUCUAUGUGUUACAAAUCGUCUGAGAAAUUUAGAAAUGAUUGAUCCAAUAUUUCAGUGGCAUGGACCAGGAGGUCAUCUGGUUACAGAAAAUUCAAGUGUGAAAAUAACGCCAACAGGAACUCUAUUAUUCCGAAACUUCAAACAUGAGAUGAGUGGAGUGUACACAUGUUCUCUUGUAUUUAAGCCAACUACCGAGCAAGAAGGAAAAAGCUAUUUAAUGAAAUACAUUAUUUAUGCUUUUUCUGACCCUAGCUUUUAUUAUGAGUUCACUGUACGAUAUCAUUCAACUUCCUGUAACAAUAUCCACAAUAUUUCUUUUGGGAAGAAUUUGCUUCGAGGACUUUCCAAACUUGUGUCUGAGUUAACCUGUGAGGUUUCAUUACGCAAGUCAGAAUGUCAUCAUGUUAAAAUGCAGAGAGGUGGAAUGCAAAAUGAAAUAUUUUUUACUUUUACAGUUUCUUCUCUAGAUGCAGAGAAAAGCAAAAGUGCAUGUCAAAACACUCUAUGUGAUGUAUCGAGAAGAUUGCGAAAGGCAAAAGACUUAAUAGAGCACUAUUUUAGCCAGCAAGUUGAAGUUAUUGGGAAACGAAAAGGACUGCUACCAGAGACGUAUUAUAUUGAAGGCACUCUGCAAUUGGUGUGGGUUAAACACUGUUUGCCAGGCUAUGGAAUAAAUGCACUACUACAUCCAGAUUGUCCCAAUUGUUGUGUGAUUUGCAGUCCAGGAACAUAUAAUCCUCAGGAGGGAAAUCACUGCCUUCUAUGCAAUGAAAGCUUGACGUAUGGAGCACGACAUUGUCAACACUAAACUUUUUUGCUUUACAUUUUGAUAAUGCAAAUAAAGGAUUUUUUCAAAAUUCUAGUUUAA